AUGCUUUCUAUGGGAGCUAUGACAUUUGGAAGAGAAACAUCUAAGGAAGAUAGUUUUACCAUGCUGGAUAUUUUUGAGGAACAUGGUGGAAACUUUAUUGACAGCGCUAAUAUCUAUUCAUUAGGAAUAUCUGAAAAAAUAGUAGGUGAAUGGGUACAGCGUACAAAUAGAGAACAACACAUUAUUGCCACUAAAGUGCGGUUCCCUAUGGGAAAUACAGUAAACGAGCGUGGCUUAGGACGCAAGCAUAUCAUACACUCAGUGCAUGCUAGCUUAAAGCGAUUAAAGACAGAUUACAUUGAUGUGUUAUAUGCUCACUGCUGGGAUUACAGUACUCCUCUCGAGGAAACCAUGGACGCUUUCUCUCGUUUAGUAGAGGAGGGGAAGGUACGAUACAUUGCAGCGAGUAAUUUCUCCCCAAGCCAACUACAACGUGCCUGUGACAUGAGUGUAUACGAGGGUUAUCAGCCUUUUAUCGCUCUGCAAUCAAAAUACAAUCUCAUGAUACGCUCUGUAGAGUGGGAACUACUCAAUGUAUGCGAAGAAAAUGGUAUUGGGUUUGUAGUAUGGGGGCCCUUGUUUGGCGGAUGGCUUAGUGGGAGAUAUCAACGUGGUAUGACAGAAGCCCCCGAGGGGAGAGUAAGGGAAGCAGAAAAACACGAUUGGUUUGAGAAGUGGUCGAAGUACAACAACGAAACUACAUGGAACAUUGUUGACACUGUGGGAACUGUGGCAAAAAAGCAUAGCAAAAGUUAUGCCCAGGUUUCGCUUAACUGGCUUAGCAAGCAGAAAGCUAUCUCUUCGAUCAUUCUAGGUGCAAGUAAAAUUGAACAUUUGAAGGAUAACCUUGCUUGCAUAGGAUGGGACAUGGACAGUGAAGACGAGGAGCUUCUAGAAAAAGCAUCGAGUAUAGAACUGCCGUAUCCGUAUGAUUUUCUCGAAAAAACAAAAGAAUAA